CACUGAUUAUCUCAUCCUGUAAUAGGGUGUCAUCGUCCUGCCGCGCUCUAAUCACACAGCUGUAUUCUCUCUCUUCAUUCAUGAGGUGAAACUAUUUUGGUGGCCAACUCGACUCUUGUGUUCAGGAUGGAGGCGGUGGCUCUUUUCUCUUUCGCAGCAUCAGAACCAGACGAGAUCAGUUUCCAGAAAGGGGACAUUAUCAAGGUGACAGAAAUGGAGGAUGAUUCUUGCUGGGUCACAGCAGAGAUCCAGGGGAAGCGUGGCUACGUGCCAGAGAACUACAUUUCACUCCUUCCUUAUCCGUGGUUUGCAGGACGGGUGUCAAGACUCGAGGCUGAAAAGCUCCUGCGCUGGCAGGACACCGGAGUGUUCCUGGUGAGGGAGAGUGAGUCAGCUCCUGGAGAGUUUUCUGUCUCUGUUAGCUACGGUGAGAGGGUGGAGCAUUUCCGAGUGCUGGAGGGGGGCGGUCAGUACUGCAUCUGGGAUGAGUCGUUUCGCUCCCUCAACCGGCUGGUGGAUUUCUAUAGAACUCACAGCAUCGCCGUGGAGAACGUGGUCUACCUCAAAGAUCCCCCUUCGUCCCCUCGCCUGCUGUCCUACUCAGGACAUAACCCAUACCCCAACCCGUACAAAAGCAGCUCUCAGGAGUCCCUCCCCUCAGCCCGCCUCUACUCUCACCCCUCUCACCCAGAACGAGAGUCCUCGCGGCGUCCUCUGCCUGAUCCAGCUGUGGGGAGACCUCGCCUGGCUCACGCCCUCUGCGACUACACCCCUCCUCAGACCGCCCACCUCCACUUCCUGCGUGGUGACAUCAUCGACCUGCUGGACUGCUCGAGCUCUCUGACCUGGAGGGGCCGCUGUCGAGGGCGAGUUGGAAUCUUUCCGGCAGAAUACGUCCAGCCGCUGUACCACUGACACCAUAUCAAACUGUAUCACUGACACUUAUCUGUGGAGCUGUCGUGACUCACCUCUCUUAUCCAAUGAUCCAACUUCUGAUGAAACAAUUAGACCAACAAUCAAUAAGUCCAUCGACUAUUAACAACUAUAUGACAAUAAACAGCUAAAUUAACUGCAGCCCAGUCGCCAGAAUAAAAUAUUGGCAUUGUAUGUUUCUGCAAACCAUGGAUACAAUACGUCUUUCAUACACAUCAUAUCAACAUUUCAAAAGUGACGUAGUUCAGAUAACACGUAUAUGAGCCGAGUUUCCAUCAGGGGAAGGAGGGGAUGGGAUAGUUUGACACCUAGGCAAGAUGGCUGCCAAGCAGCAGACCAACAGACAACAAGACUAUAUAUUUCUAAUGAGAUGUCAAGACAUAUACAGUCAAGUUUGCAGUGACAAAAUCCAGUAUUCUAAUGAGACGUUGGAACAUUUUCGGCCAUCUGUGGGGACCAAACUGUAGCCUGGUGAGACCAUCCUGAUGACGUGAGCUCAACAUUCUGUUUCACCCUCUGUUUCAGUCUGGACUCCGGGCCGCCCUAAACACUUUCCAGAAGUUAAAAUCAAACUGGGGCCAAUCAGGCUCCACACUGUAGUUGACAACAUAAGCAGUCAAUCAGGGAUUGCGUUGUAGUUGAUGAUAUAAAAUGCAGGCCGUCGCAGUAAUGGCGGCUCCAGGUGCUACAAGCCUAACUCUAAUAUUAGUAGAGUAAACACAGCAAUAAGUGAUGUCAUUGCAGACAUAGAGUUGAUAACAACAAUUAAACAAGAACAAGAGUAUGCACUUGAAGUUUCUCUGAGGGAAAGACGUUUUUCUUUCCGUUCUUCUGACUGGACUCGUCAAAAACUUGAUUUAUCAACUGGCUCCACUGGUGAUGAAGAAGAUGCUCCCGGUGAUUUGUCAUGUUCAUCGGCUGAAGGCAUUUUCUGUCAAGGCAAGUACUACUGCCACUGGAAGUGCCUGGGGCCACAUUGAGUCCAGAGUCAUACAGAGAGCGAAACAAAAUGUUGAGCUCAUGUCCAACACAUUCUCACACUGACCUCGUCAUAUGUUGACGUUUUGGUCAUGAACUUUCCAUGUCCACAACAACGUGCAAGGUACCCUUGAUUCGUUGGUUGUUGACGUUCUCGGACACCUUGUUAAGUUCUCUUCUUUCCAAAUACACUCCCAUUUUCAGUCUUUUUCAAAAUAAACACACUAUGCAAAUUUGCAAAUUUAUGUUUUUUCUCUUCAUCAAUAAACACACAUGGUUAGGUUUCGGCAACAAAAACACGUAGUUGGGUUUAGGAAAAAAGAACAGGCUUUGGAAUCUUGCGGGACGCGAGCAACGCUCUCGUGUGAAGGUCAGUGUUUGUCAGAACCAUCCGCCACCGUUCCCACCCACUCAGACUUUCGCCGCCGUAACUUUUGUCCUUGUCCCGCCGCACUUCCCCCUGACACCAGCUGCCAGCAACUAACCACGUAUCAUGCUGACUUUACAGGAUGCCUUUUUCGUUGGUUUCUGACACCACAAGUCACUGUCCAAGUGCCAGAUUUCGACGUCUUAGGAGUGAGACCGUGCUCUGUCAACAGGGUGGUUGCUUAGGUGAAACCAAAACCAGGUAUUUUUUACGAUACAUUGGGCCAUUUACAGCCCUGUUUGUGGCAAACUGGAUAUUUUAACCCAAAACAUGGUCCAAUCCUCACCCUAACCAAGUGGUUUUGAGCAUGAACAUAACUACACGUUAACCACAGCAAAGUCACAACAUAAAAUUAAAAAUUGAAAUGUAAAGAAACAUGAAGUUUCAACAUAUCCAUUCAUAUGAACUGCACAAAUUCAACAUUAGAAACAUUCAGAUGUGACAUAUCUGUGGUUUGUAGACGUGCCAACAUUUAUUCUGGGACUGAGUUGUUAACUGAAAACAAGCUAUGUGAAAACAGUAUUUUCUGCCAUUGGAUAAUUUCCUGUUUCUCUCGGGGCACUUCUCACUGGUUUGAAGUGGGCUGGUUUUAGUGUCACAUACUUGCACCAAGCAGGAUUUAGCAGUAUUUGAACUGGAUGACAGUUGAUUGUUUGUCUGGUCACUGUCAAUCAAGUCUGAUUAAAACCACAUGUACACAGUCCUGAUGAGUUUUUGAGUGUUAAACUUUAAAUAAUACCUUUUUUCAAUUUAACUCAGUUGAUGUCACUUGUGUCAGCUUCGACUGGGCCUGAAGAAGUUUGAGAAUGAAAAAAAUCCCACCAGACUUCCAAAACUUGCCCUUAUCUCCGGCAGAGGCUGGUGGCUCGAGGCUACAUGAGCACAACUAUAUCUUCUACCAGGUUUUGACUUGGAAGAAGAAUCUGUGGAAUUAAAAAAGUCAAGUACUUCUUGUUCUACUGCUUCUACUGCGCAAAAUUUGAUCUUUUCUAAAUCCAAGCCAUUGUGAGUUCUACGGAGCUACA